AGGCCAAGGACUAAUCUAGCAAACGGAUUGCUGCAUGCACAAUGCGGAAUUCGAACUUCCAAUACUUGCUUAAGCAGACGAGUGAGCUGACCACUCGACUAAUUAUUUCCAAAGCAUUAUGAACUUGAUAACCAUGGGCUGAGGAAACAAAUGGUUGUCCAAGCUUUUAUGAAGCCAGGCCCAAAUGUGAACAAAAUUCCAAAAUAUCUUUCCUUUCACCAACUCUCACAUCUUUCCAAAGGACUCAAUCUCAGGUGUCCUGACUCUAGAUCUAUUGUACUUGAACUGCUGUACCUUUCUGAUGAAGGUUCCUACCAUGGAGUUAGAGUCAGUUAAUGAUUCUAAUUGUGACAGAAAAGCUGAAGUACAAGCAUUUGAAGAUUCAAAAUCUGGUGUAAAAGGUCUGCUAGAUUCUGGGGUGACAAAGAUUCCAAGCAUGUUCUAUGUCAAGUUAGACCCUUUAGAAAACACCAAACAAAGUGACUCAAAUUUCAGCAUCCCAGCCAUAGAUCUUCAAGACAUAGACAAGAGUUCAUCGCUUCGCGGCAAAGUAGUUGACCAGAUUAGAAGUGCAUCUCAGAAGUGGGGAUUCUUCCAAGUGAUCAACCAUGGUGUUCCUGAAGAUGUUAUGGAUGAGAUGAUCACUGGAAUCUGUAGGUUUCAUGAACAAGAAGCUGAAUUAAAGAAACCGUUUUACUCAAGGGAGAACAGCAAGAAAGUCAGGUACUUCUCCAAUGGCAAGUUGUUCAGAGACUAUGCUGCUACUUGGAGGGAUACUAUUUCAUUUGUUGCAAAUCCUGAUAUUCCCAAUCCAGAACAAUUACCAGAAGUGUGUAGAGAUAUUGUGUGUGAAUAUACAAAACAAGUAAGGGCAUUGGGUAUUAUAAUCCUUGAGCUGCUGUCAGAGGCUCUUGGCCUUGAUUCUUCUUACCUUACUAAAGAGAUGGAUUGUGCUGAGGCACUUUAUAUUAUGGGUCAGUACUAUCCACAAUGCCCUGAACCUGAGUUAACUAUGGGACUCACAAAGCACACUGAUUGUGACUUCAUAACUAUACUUCUGCAAGACCAAAUUGGUGGUCUUCAAGUUCUUCAUCAGAAUCAAUGGGUGGAUGUUCCUCCAAUGCAAGGUGCUCUUGUUGUAAACAUUGGAGAUGUUCUACAGCUUAUGAGCAAUGACAAGUUUAUCAGUGUUUAUCACCGGGUUUUGUCCAAGACGAUAGGCCCUAGAAUUUCAGUAUCAAGCUUCUUCAUGAACUUCACCAUAUCUGAGUGUACAUCAAAAGUUUAUGGUCCAAUCAAGGAAUUGUUAUCAGAUGAAAACCCUCCGCGAUACAGGGACGUUACAAUGAAAGAAAUCUUGACAAAUUAUUAUGCAAAAGGCCUUGAUGGCAACUCUUACUUGAUCCCUUUAAGGUUGUGAACCAAAUAUAAGAGAUAUUGUGUCUGAAUAUGCAAAACAAGUAAGGGCAUUGGGUAUUAUAAUCUUUGAGCUGUUGUCAGAGGCUCUUGGCCUUAACUCUUCUUACCUUAAAGACAUGGAUGCUGCUGAGGCACUUCAUAUUAUGGGUAAU